CCUCUCCUUGUUUUGUUGGUCGAAAUCAGAUUUUUGAUCACUUUGGGCGUGCUCUUGGUCGUAGACUCUGCGACAUUCUGUGCAGAGUGCUCCAGCAAAAGCCAUCAGAAUGGUUAUUCCUCCCCCUGUUAGGCCUCCAAGAAUUAUAAACUAUCUAAAGCCUUAUGUCCUGAAGAUGCACUUUACAAACAAGUAUGUGAGUGCCCAAGUGAUACACGCACCAACUGCUACUGUUGCUUCUUCUGCAAGCUCACAAGAGAAGACAUUGAGGUCAAGCAUGGAAUCUACUCGCGAUGUGUCUGCUGCUGGAAAGAUCGGAAAAAUAUUGGGGGAGCGUCUGCUGCUCAAAGACAUCCCAGCUGUUGCUGUUCACUUGAAGAGAGAACAGAGGUAUCAUGGUAAGGUCAAAGCUGUCAUUGAUUCUUUGAGGGAAGUUGGUGUCAAAUUGCUUUAAAUUUUCUUUUGCUUCGUAAAGUGAAAUGUAUUGAAGAUUUUUUUUCUAAGUGUGUAGUUUCUAGAUAUUCGAGAGGAGUAUUUUGGGGAAGAUCUAAGGAAAAUGGGUGUUGGGGUUUGUGUUUUGAUACUGUUCAAUGCGAUCAUGAUUGCGACUGGUUUCCUGGAAAUUGGGAUUGAAAAUCAACUGUGUCAUUUGUCUUUGCACGUUUUUUGAUGAAUGCUACUUUGUUGACGAAGCAAGCA